CACAACACUGACUACACCCUCUGUUGUCCACACAGUAUAGGGAGCAGCAGACCCUCCCACAACCUACGAUCUGAGCCAUGGUUUUCUACGCAAUGCUCUGUCUUAAAAAGGGUGUUCUGUGACGACUUCCCAUAUCGAAUGAGUAUCAAGUGUGUGCCAUAUGUGCCAGUUCAAAGCUACCUGGCAUCGAGGACAGGGCGGCGAUAGGGAGUCAGUGGCAACAGUUUGACAAGUAAUAGUGAUCAUGAACAGCAAGUGUAUCUACAUGGUGAUGAUGGCUGUGCUGAGGCUUAUGCUGACCUCGGCUCAGAGCUGCCCAUUCCACAUGGACAUUGCGCCCUGCUUAUGUACUGAAAUCGGACCGAGCCCUGAGUUGGACAUGGACUGCUCGCAUGUGGUGGACAUCGAUCAGCUCAUGAGAGUAUUCCAAGCGGAUUUUCCCUCCACGAAUUACCGGAGACUGAGCAUGACUGGCACUCCUGACGAUCCUAUUCCUAUAAGCUUUCUCCCUGACGGAGUGUUCGGUAGCAUUACUUUUCAAGAAAUUGUAAUUCAGCACGCACAGAUCAACCGUGUGGAUGAUUAUGCCUUCCUCGGAUCUAAAGACACACUUACAAUGCUAACAUUAAUUCACAGUGAACUGACAAGCUUCCCAACCACGAUCUUGCCGCUACUGUCUGACUUUAGGGAGCUGGACUUGUCAUACAACCAUCUUGUGUUCAUUCCUGACCUGCGCUCGUCCUCCCUUCGCUCCCUCACGCUGGCCCACAACACACAACUCAAUUUCAGUGACAGGGUAUUCGAUGAAAUCGAUCAAAUAAUCGAUCUAAACAUAGCACACUGUAACAUGGAGACAAUACCACCUGGGAUGUUCCUUAAUAUGAUGAACUUGUCGACCGUUUAUCUGGAAUACAACAAGAUCACACACCUGGAUGCCGCAUCUCUCCACUUCACGAGUGAGGUUAUAGAAGAAGUUGUUCUUUCCGGGAAUCAGAUUUCUGCCGCUGAGCCUAAUUUUUUCUCUGGGACAGGCAAGCACACGUACCUGGAGCUCCUCAACAACCAGAUCACGACCCUGGGCGAGGCGAGUUGGCGACCAGUGUUCCACGCCAUUAGUGAGCACGGUGACGGCCUGGUCAUGCUGGACGGCAACCCGUUGGACUGUGGAUGUAGCUUGGCCUGGCUGGUGACCUCUUCGUCCUUCCUGAGCCACCUGGCCCUUGGCGCCACGUGUGCUAAUGGUACAGCUAUCCACGACCUCAAUCCGUCUGCCUUCGAUCACAACUGCGGCCGCUGACUUUAUGUUCUUCCUAGACGGAGAAUAUUGAUCGCAGCGUCUCGAAACACGAUAUCUUGACAUCACAGCCUGGGUGACUAGCGGACCACCAGCACUAGGACAGAGGCCACCACACCGAGGGCGGCCCGCCAAGAGAGUCUGACGCCGUUGUUGCAGUCA